UAUUUAAAAAAUAAAAAUUGUAAAAUAUAGAUAUGAAGUUAGAGGUGUAAUUUACAUUAAAACAUAAGUUUAAGUAGAAAGAGCUCCUUAAGAGCUAUUUCCAUAACCUAAAUUAGUCAUCCAGUGUAGAUAAAUGAAGAGGUGACAAACGUCUCUGAUAUUGCAUUGAAUCAUAGUUAGUUUGAAUGCCAUUACCAGUACUACACGUUUUUCAAUUUCCAAUAUAUUUUUCGUGGUGAUAUCAAGAGUUUUUGAGGAUUUUUAGUUGUUAGUAGAACCCAGCAAAAAUGGAAACCGUUUAUGAUUGGUACAAAGACCUUAUGGACAACAAAAGUGACCCCCGAGUGAACGAUUGGCCGAUGAUGUCGUCUCCGUGGCCAACGCUGGCCGCUUGCUUGUGCUAUGCCUUCUGCGCUAUAAAAUUGGGACCAACCUUAAUGGCCAACCGCAAGCCAUUCGAACUCAGAAAUGUGCUCGUUGUUUACAAUUUCGCUCAGACCGUAUUCAGCGCAUGGAUCUUCUACGAGUAUCUGAUGAGCGGUUGGCUGGGCCACUACGAUAUCAGAUGUCAACUCGUCGAUUAUUCAAGACACCCUCGAGCGAUGAGGAUGGCGAACACAUGUUGGUGGUACUACUUUAGCAAGUUCACUGAAUUCUUCGACACGCUGUUCUUUGUACUGAGAAAGAAGAACGAGCACGUGUCCACUCUACACGUCAUCCACCACGGCAUCAUGCCCAUGUCCGUCUGGUUCGGGGUUAAGUUUGCACCGGGCGGUCACAGCACAUUUUUUGCGCUGCUAAACACGUUCGUGCACAUCGUGAUGUACUUCUACUACAUGGUGUCAGCCAUGGGUCCCAAGUAUCAGAAGUACAUCUGGUGGAAGAAGUACCUCACCGCCUUCCAAAUGGUACAGUUUGUGCUGAUCUUCAGCCACCAGCUGCAGGUGCUGUUCCGGCCGUCGUGCCAGUACCCGCGUCCCUUCGUCUACUGGAUCGCGAUGCACGGCUUCCUUUUCCUCUUCCUCUUCUCGGACUUCUACAAGGCACGCUACAACAAGGCCGACAGGAAGGCCAAGGCCAACAACGGACUUUGUAUGGUUGUUAUGAACGAGAACGGGAUAUCGUUGAAUGGAAAGAACGGAUACAAGCAGGAGGUGGCGUCCGAAGUUCCCAACUCGUACGCAUCUUCGGCGGCCGACGCCUUCGUCCGCCGGAGACCAGUCUCAUAGUGUCCUUUGUGAUUUUAUUGUAGCUUUAAAACGGUACAGUCUCGAAGUUUCCAUGAGACCAAGGUCACCAAGUGUUCGCUUUAAAUUGACUAGGUACUUGGUAGUGUGUCUUCUCGGUGGCAGUGUGUCAUCUCGGUGGCAGGGUGUCAUCUCGGUGGCAGUGUGUCAUCUCGGUGGCAGGGUGUCAUCUCGGUGGCAAGACUGUACAGUAUGUCACCGCGCCCGUGUUCAACGCCCACAAAGUGGACAACUCGACUCUCAAUCUAUCUAGGUCUAGGGUAUGCAAUUAAAAUAUCGAUAAAAAUUGUCGAUAUUAAUCUCGGAGGCAAUAACAUAUCGCUUACCGAUCUAUCGACUGUUAUAGAAUAUUUUUGGAUUUUAAUGCAAUUGUCUUAAAAAAAUCAAAUCAAAGUGAAAGGAAAAACUAAAACAAUCCUUAUCGGAAAUUAAAAUGGUACAUAAUUAUUGUUCAGAUGACUUUCCUGUUUAACUGAAUGUUAUAAUGAAUUUCGAUAAAUAUUUUAUCAUGUUUAUAUUGUAUCGGUAUAAAUUGAUAAUGCGACGCCGAUGUUAUCGAUAAUUGUAAUUAAUUUUAUCGAUAAAAAUUUGCAGCCCUAUCUAUGUGCACAAAAUGCUAUGGAUCUUUCUUCGAAAGCCUUAUAUUAUUUAUAAGUACAAAGAUUUUUAGGAACAACUAUCGAAUUGUUAAUUAAAUCGUGUUUCGUACUAGUUGUAUUGUGUUUGUAUGUUCUGCGUUGAAUUUAACUGCCGUACUCAGAGUCAUUUCAUGGGUACUUACAGAAUACUUAGUGUAGAUUUAUCUAUAUCUACGUUAAGUUACUUAUUUUAGUGACCAUUUAAUGAUUGACUGCGGCAGUAAAUCUGCAUUUUGAAUCUACAUGUCUUCAAUUCGGGAUGCUAUUUUCUUUGUAUGUAAAUAUACU